AUGCUGUCACCCUUGCUCAUCCUCCCUCUGCUGCUGGGGACCACAGCACAUGGCCCAGUGAGCAGAGCAGCUGCCAGGGAUGUCACCACCGUUUUCCAGCUGGCUCAGGAGGACACUUGGGAGAAUGUUAAUCUCACCAGCAUGUCCUGUGAGGAGCAAAAGAACAGGACCUGGAUCACCCUGCAGCUGACCAACAGCAGCCUGACAGCUUUCCCAGUCUGCCUUCCAGAGGCCCUGCAGAGCCUGGAUCUCAGCAAUAACCUCUUGGAGGAGGUGAAUGGCACAGAGAUAGCAAACCUGCCACAGCUGCGUGUCCUCUCGCUGAGGCACAACCACCUCUGGGCAGUGAGGUGGGGAUCUGAAGUCCUCAGCAAUCUCCACAAGCUGGACUUGAGCUUCAAUAAGCUGUCAUCUGUGCCAUCCUGCCACGGCUCUGUCCUGCCUAACCUGAAGUGGUUGUCCUUGGCUGGAAAUCCCCUGAUUGAAAUCCAGCCACUGGCCUUUUCCUGCUACCCUCAGCUGCAGGUCCUGAACCUCUCUGUGACGCUGCUCGGGCAGGAUGACAGCAGAGGAAUUAGGGACUCUGCUUUUGCCAUCAGCACAGAUCCCCACGAGGCCAUGGACAGGCCUGGAAACUCCAUCAAUGUGCUUGAUCUGAGCAGGACCUUUCUUGAGAGAAUUCAACCAGAGUGGGCCAGAGGCUUGGCCAACCUCAGAUCACUUCACCUGACAAACAUGCCACGGUUAAGAAGCCUCGACAGCGACUUCCUCAAGUCCCUGCCUGGUCUCCGAGAGCUGCACUGUCAGGACUCUCAUUCCCUGGGUUUCGUGCAGACACAGAUGUUUGACAGUGCUCCUCACCUGAGCCAUCUCUCAUUUGAGAACUGUAACCUGAGUUCCUUUAAUCCUUGGAACACCAAUUCAUCGGAUGGCAUCACCAUCAACUUGUACGGGAAUCCUCUGCUGUGCAGCUGCCAGCUCUCCUGGCUGCUGUCCAAGCCCGAGAAAGUUGUUCUGCAAAAGGCUGGGGAGACCUUUUGUACAUCCCAGGAAGAUUCGAGCAGACCUUCAACAUCUUUUUCACUGCUGGAGCUCUACAACAAAUGCCAGUCAGAGAGCAACGUUACACAGCCCAACUCAAACACAGCCCUUCCUGAGGGUGAUGCUUUCAGCUUCACCAGCGAUGAUGCCUCUGCUCUAGUGACAACAGACUCGGCUCUGCUGACCACAGAUUUGACUCACACCAGCUCCCUGAUCCAGAGGGGUGUCAUGAGCACAGCAGCGUCCAACCCAAUGCCAACCAAAGACACCCAUACCAGCUCCCUGAUCCAGAGGGAUAUCAUGAGCACAGCAACAUCCAACCCAAUGCUAAGCAAAGACACCUAUACCAGCUCCCUGAUCCAGAGGGAUGCAAGGAGCACGGCAGCAUCCAACCCAACGGAGCCCAUCCUAACAAAGGCCAACAGUUCCUCCCAUGAGGAGGAGGCAGUUCCUGAAUCCACAACUAGUCCCCCUUCCUUGGCAUCUGUAACCUCCUUCCCAGUUUUUCUCCAAGAGCUCUUUGCUCAGUCCCCGGACCACAGCUCCCCAAGUCCAGCUGGCACAGAACAGCUACAGAGAGAGCUCAGAACGACGGACACGACAUUCCCCCGAGCAGGGCCAUUCAACCAGACCAGCAGUGACUAUUCUGCUGGAGGAACAGGAGUCCCCCACACCACCCACCACCACAGUCACCCCUCUGCCACCCAGGGCAGGCACGGCGCCCCCCGGACGAGCCCCCCAGAGCUGAGCCCCGCGAGGAGCGGUGCCCCCUCAGCGGCUGUGCCCAGCACCCCAUCGCCACACUACACCGAUGACUACGACUACGAAGGGCCACGGGAGGAAGCCCAGGCCGCCUGUGACUACGACCCCUGCAGGCACCUGCAGAAGCCGUGCAGGGAGCUCCAGAACAUAUCCCAGUGCUCGUGUCCUGGCACCUCGAGGGAAGAUGAGAUUCCAGACUCGCCCAGGCUCAGGGCAGUGGUUGAAAUCACCGACAGCUCUGCACAGAUCCGCUGGUGUGCCCCGUAUUCCGUGGUUCACAGCUAUGAGCUGACGCUUCGUGCCCAAGACAGCGAGGACAGGCAGUUUGUCAGGGACAACAUCUACCCCACGGCCAGGCAGUACACCCUGUACAACCUGCUGCCAUUCACCACUUACCACAUCUGUGUCACUGCCUCCAACAAAGCAGGGUCCAGCCAGACUAUAACUGACCAGGAAAUUCCAGGUAAUUCGUGCACCAGCUUUAAAACAAAACCCAGCUACAAGUAUGUUUUUGCUGGGCUGUCUGCAGCAAGUGGACUCUUUCUCAUUACCACAAUUAUUUUGUCUGUAUGUCUGUGCAAGGCGUGUAAAAAGCCUCAGAGUGAGCAGUAUGGCACACACUUAGUCUCCUACAAGAACCCAGCAUUUGAUUAUCCCUUAAAAGUACAAACCACUAAUUAG